CAACUGCCAGCACACGUGUGCCCGGCUUUGGCUUUUUCUCCGCCGCGCACUGUUCUGCAACAACACACGCACGCACACGCUUGCUUGCUUGCUUUUCACCUCACCCCACAUCAUCGCGUCCACGCGCCACACUGCCGAAGCGUUCACACCCGGUCGUAUCAUAAGCAACUGCCGUUAACUUGUCAAUCCAAGCAUGGGCGACUUCAACAACGUACCGCCACCCUCUGACGGGUCCGGUGGGAACACGCAGAACGACUUUCUGUCGGCGCUCGCCACUGUGAAAGCGCUUGCUGCGCGCGCCCAACAAACCCAACCACAGCAGCCGCUGCCACCACAACACAUGUUCCCGCCAAUGGGGAUGCCGCCACCCAUGAUGCACCAGCAGCGACCGCCCAUGCCACAGCAGCAGCAGCAGCAGCAGCGGCCUCCCAUGCCCAACCAGCCACCCGGCCCGGCCGGUGGGAUGCCGCUGGUGAAGCGCGGACCCGAGGAGCCCGAAGGCGCGCCCGAUAGGAAACGCGCACCGAGCUCCUCAACGCCGCCACCCAUCCCCGGUGUCGGCCCGAACACUUCCCAGGCACCCCCACUUCUUUCGCAGCCUGGCCAGCCCAACCAAGCCAUGCAGCCGCCUCCCUCGGGGCCAGGGCAGCAGCAGCCACCCCAGAUGAUGGCGCCCGUGCCCGGCAUGCCCCCGCCGAUGCGCCCUCCUCCCCCAGGCCAGGAGCCACACCAGCAACAACAGUCCCAGCAGGGCGAACUCGGGCCUGAUGAGGAGGUUGACAACAUGCCGAUUCCGUCUGAGAAGGUCGGGAUGGUGAUUGGCAAGGGCGGCGAGACGAUCAACCGGCUGCAGGAGCAGAGCGGGGCCAGGUUACAAGUGAUCCAGGACGACCCGUUUGCGCAGGAGAAGCCGCUACGCAUGACGGGUCGACGCGACGCCAUUGAGCGCGCAAAGCAGCUUGUCAAGGACCUCAUUGACCCAGAGCCGGAGCAUGACCCCAUGUACCCGUCCACCAUGGGCCUCAGCAGUGGUGACAUUGUCAACAACCUUAGCGCGUACAGAUCAAAGAAAGUCGAGAUCAAAGUGCCGCGCGUCGCUGUUGGGCGGGUCAUUGGGCGAGGAGGCGACUCCAUCAAGCGGAUUCAAGCAGAGUCGGGCGCCCGUGUCCAGUUUGAGCCAGAGACGAACCAGGACUUCCGCAUUGCCACCAUCACCGGCACCAUGCCUGUAAUUGAGGCGGCAGAGAAGAUGAUCAUGGACAUUAUCCAAGACGCUGAGGUGAGCACAAGCAGUGCACGCCCACGGGAUGACCGUCCAAGAGAGCCCAUGCCAGUUCCCCAGGAGCGCGCUGGCCUCAUCAUCGGCAGAGGCGGAGAAUCCAUCCGCAUGAUCAUGCAGCAGUCUGGUGCGCAUGUGGAGCUUGAUCGAGCGCAGCCAGCCGUCAAUGGUGACAAGACGUUUUGGAUCUCGGGCGACCCGGAACAGAUUGCCACCGCGAAACGGCUCAUUCAGGAGAAGCUGGAUGCCCAUCGCCGGCCUCCGCCACGGGCAAUGCAAAGCGGCCCGCCCGGCGGCAUGCGGCCACCUCAGCCGGGUGGAUUCCCUCCACAGCAACAGCAGCAACAGCAGCCAUCCUUCGGCGGCGGCUUUCCUGGCCAUGGCCAACCACCGCCCCCUGGGCAACAGCAGCAGCAGCAGCAGCAGCCCGGGCAGUAUGGUGGCUAUUAUGGUCAGCAGCCGCCCAACAACUUCUACUCGUACCCGUACGGUUAUCAGAACCAGCCUCCACCUCCAACACAACCGCCACCACCGCCAGGGCAGCAGCCACCACCGCCAGCCUCGACUGCUGGUGCAACCCACCAUCAGCAACCGCCACCGCCGACGUCGAAGCCUCCCGCGACCUCGGAGCCGCAGCAGCAGCAACAGCAGCAGGCUGUCCCUCCCGGCUAUCCUACUCACGAGCAAUAUCUGCAAUACAAGGAGUGGUACAAUGCACAGGGCUACUUUGGAUAUCCCCCCGCUCAAGGCCAAGGCGCACCAGCGCAGUCCUGAUUCAAGACCCUGGUUGUUGGUGGUGUAUUGCGUGCUGUUUGUUCCUCAAGUCAUUUAACUUUGUCCCUCCCGUCUUCCGUUUCGCUUGUUUAUGAUUGUCAUUCUCUGUCUUGAUACAACGCAGCGAGUAGAGCGACUUCGCUAAGUUUCGUUCGUUCACGAUCCCCCCCCCCUUCUUCCUUCUCUUGCUUCUUUCUCCCCAGCUUCUUUGCUUUGCCCGCUUGUUGAUCAACUUCCCAAUUGUUUCAAUUGCCUUGACUUCUUGAAAGUGCCCGCUUCCGGGUUGGCGCCGUUAUUGUCUGCGUGCGCAUUGUGCGCCAUUCCUUGCCCCAUCACCCUUGCCUUCCUUGCCCCGUCAUGUGGUCUGUUUCCUUUGCUUGCUCCCUGAUGCCUUGUCUUGCGUAACUUGACCUCGUUUUCUUGUGCUUCGCUGUUAUUCAUGCCCAAAACAGGUGCGCCCUUUUGCGACGCAUUCUAAGCACGCCCUUGCUCUUCGUAGCUGAAUGUUGUGUACCUCCCUUGUCGGUGGCGUACUUCUUCUGCUUGCAUUCGUGCUUGCAUUCGUGCUUGCAUGUAUGUCCUGUGCUUGUGCCGUGGGUGUGUGGCCAGUGCGUCGACACAACACUACACGGUUUUUGUCUGAAGUUGUAAACAGUGCGCUGUG